GCGGAAUCGGCUUGACUUCAGUCUCGGAAGUAAAGGCGUUGAAAGAGGACGCCUCAAAGCUAGCUGUCCUAUUUCGAGUGCGUUCAUUCUGAAAAACCCGUUUCGCACGAUCGUUUGUUCCGAAAACUACGUGCGUUGGGUGAUCGAUAGAUCAAAAGUGUGUUCCUUUUGCAUGACGGUUACAGAUCGCGUGCGUUUGACACGGUCUCGGUGAUAAAUUUAUUCAGUUUACGAUCGUUUGAUUGUGGAACUCAACGUUGGAGAAGCGGUUGUAGCACAGGCUUUCGAGAUUGUAGACUUUUCAGAGGAUUUGAAUUCAAAAAGCAAACAUUUUCAACCGAGCAAACGGAUUUAACAACUGAGUCUCAUAAUGAGUUUGUCAUCGCCGAAAUCAUCACGGUUUCAUCCGAUGGCUUUUAAACGAAACCAAGCUAUCCCCGUAGCUGCAGUUUUGACAUGCGUGUUUUUGGUGCUAGUGCCCUUCGCUGCUGGAUUCAAACAAUCAGAAACUAGUCUCAAAAUGGUUCAUGAUGACCGCAUAUUACCGUUGGAUGCAAAAUACUCUCGCAUUACUCCACACUCAAGGCAACACGACAUGGCAUUCUCAAGGAAAAACAAAUCAAAUAAAUUAAACGCUAAGAAGUAUGUCGGCGAGAAUGCGGAUGAUUCGCAGCAUCCGAAGGAGAAGAAAUCGAUCUACGAAAAAAAAUAUUUUGAUUAUUUACCGGCAGAGAUAAAGGGUUCUCCUGAGACUCCGGGGGCCGAUGCGAAGAAUUUGAAGAAACGUACCAAUAGCAGAAGGCUCCGCAGGGAUACCGACGCGGCCGUUGUGGAACAGCCACGAACCAAACGUCAAGGCUGGAUCUACCCAAAUUCUCCGUACAGGGGCUGGCCAGUUAUCUAUCCAGAAAGUGUGUCUUUUGUGGUCAACAGGCCGCACUUGAAUAACCAUUAUUUGCCGCCGCCUCAACCAGUGCGCCCAGUGGUUCCGCCAUCGAACAGUAAUCAGAUACCAGAUAGAACGUAUCUUCCUGUGCCAAGACCAGAACCCGCUGACGAACCAGGUACGUUCCAAAUUGAUAACCGACUCGGGGGAAAUGUGUUUGCGUUCGACACUGUUUACGAUCCUAGCGUGGACAGAAAUUACAUCCUGCAGCAGAGACCUCGACCAGCGUACGCUGGGGGACCGUUUCAAAAUAAUUUCCCAGGACUUCCAGCCCCACGGCCAAUAUCAACAGUGCGACCGCUGGCGCCUGGAACAACGACUGAUACUACGUCCACGUUUGCCACCACCACCACCCCACGACCGGUCAUCCAGAACAACAGUGACGAUGAAUUCGAUUGGGCAGCUCUCGGCCUUUCGCCGGACGCAGCUGUUGGAACACGAUUAGGUGGCGAUAAUGGAAGUAGCGAUGACAAUAAAACGGAUCCAAACCGCCGACGUACCCCAUCGAAGUGUACGUGGGCCAUUGCCAACUGUUGUAGUCAGUUUUCGGACAAGAUUCGUUAUCACUGUUUCGAGCAGAAUCAGUGCUAUGGAGCGUUCUGGGGUGAUAAUGUGUGCCGAGCUUACUACAAGCUAGCUUUGACCGAGAUUGAGAACUAUUACAGUGCUGUUUAGCUUAAGAUGUAUAUUUUAAAUGUCAUUAAACACAAUUUACAUACUCAGCAUAUGUAUCUGUAUUAUAGUAGCACACAAAAUUCAUUCGAAUAAAUUAUUACAAACCUAUACUUUUUA